GGAGAUUCAACAGAGAGGAUUUUAUUUAUUUCUUUUUUUUUACUUUGUAUUUUAGCUUUUGCAUACUUCAUACGUAUUUUGUUAAGGUGAAUGGCGACAUUCAGGAAACUUACGAGAAAAGUGUGUAUGGCUUUAAAUCUGUGUCGAUAUCGUCGGCGAUUCCUGCUCAUCUGCUCACCAUGUUUUGUGCUGCUCCCAGUGUACAUCUACGUCUCGGUAGUUUUGACCUAUGCCAUGACACACGGGACAUCCGUCGCUCGUCCCAUGCUACCCUUGCGCUUUAUUGCCAUUGGCCUCAGAUUCACUGAAAAUCUGGCUCCUCAUCCUGAAGAGCACUUUUGGAAAACCGAACUAGAUAAAGGAGCGCUGUGGAACUUUCUCCAGCAUAUUAAGGACCGCCGAUACAACCCAAUCCUGAAGCAAAAACUGGAUAGUGCAGAAGGCCUCGGCGACGGAGAAAGAUCCACUGGGAAGGAAAGUGGUGGAUCAUGUAAUCCAGAUUAUGAGAUUAGCAAGGCGAUUCCAGAUUAUGAGAUGUUAACAACUCAGAUGAAAGAUUUUGUUGUGUCCAUGCACUGUCGAGACUAUCCACUGAUUCUCGAGCCGUUGGACGUUUGUGACGAUGGACCACUGGCAAAGACUCGGGCUCCGCUGUUGUUCCUUGCCAUCAAAACUCAAAGUGCAAACUUUGAGAACAGGGAAGCGAUUAGAAAAACUUGGGGGCGUUCGGGAAAUGUGAUGGGUAGGGAAAGCGAAGGAGGCCUUGUCCGUAGGAUAUUCCUUUUGGGGAUGUCCAAAGACUUGCUUGUUGAAGAUAAAUUAACAUUUGAGAGUAAAAUGCAUGGUGACAUCAUACAGUGGGAUUUUGCAGACACCUUCUUUAACCUUACGCUGAAAGAUGUGUUGUUCUGGGACUGGUUCUCAAGGCGUUGCCCACACGCCCGUUUCAUCUUUAAGGGUGAUGACGAUGUGUUUAUUAGGACGCCGGCCAUCCUGGACUAUCUGCUGGCCGAGGAGAAGAACGUAGUAACUAACUUUACUAACGUAACUUCAUCUGUGUCUAUGCAAACAAAAAUGGACGACUUUAUUGUUGGUGACGUAAUAAACAAUGCAGCACCUUUACGCUCGAACCAAACAAAGUACUUCGUCCCAGAGAGCUUCUACAAAGGGAUGUACCCCUCAUAUCCUGGUGGAGGAGGAGUGGUGUAUUCUGGAUCUCUGGCCCUUAAACUUUCUCAGGUGUCAAAGAGAGUUCAUCUCUUUCCUAUUGAUGAUGUCUAUGUGGGCAUGUGCCUGCAGAGAAUAGGGGUCUCGCCUAUCCACCACCCGGCCUUUCUCACCUUUGACUUCCCUAUAGAUGAACCUAAGGAUCCCUGCGCAAACCACACCGUGCUCCUGGUCCACAAGCGUAGCCCGAAGGACGUUUUUCGGCUUUGGUCGGAAACAUUGACGCCCAGCCCCGAAUGCAGAAAUGCAACGCUGAGAGUUGAACGUGGAGAUGCUUAAGUGGACUGAAGCCACAUCUCAGUUUUUUGUUAUGCUAAAACAUGUUCUCAUCUAGCAGGUUUAGACAACUAGUAUUUUUAUCACUGUAUGUCAAAACAUUGUGAAAGCCAGUCUCUUGUAGCCUGUUUGGUGUGUUUUUGUGUUUAAUAAGAAGUAAGGCAAUUUACCCAACUGAAACCUGCUUUCAGGCCAUUGUGCAUUCCAUGUACUUUUGUAUGUAUUUAAAUGGAGGCUGAUUGCUUUGUAAUUAAAUUUAUUUAUAACUUAUCUGCAACAGAAAAUUGCAGUUUCAGUAUUAUAUGCAAUAUUACCCAAGAGUAACACAUUGAAAAGGUGAUCAUGCUUCUUUCA